ACCAAAGACCUAGAGUUUUGGUUCGAGGACGGAAACGUCAUCCUUGUGGCACAAGACUACGAGUUCCGCGUAUUCAAAGGGGUUCUAGCCCACCACUCAUCCGUUUUUCGCGACAUGUUCUCGCUCUCUCGACCUAUCUCUGCCGCUCCCGUGGAAAGCUCGGCCGUCGUCGAUGCGUGUCUGGUCGUCCACUUGAGCGACUCGCCGGAGGACCUCAGGCACAUUCUACGAACGUACCUACCUGGAAUCAAUCCGAAUCAACAGAACCCCUCCUUCGACGCGGUCUCUGCCCUCAUCCGCCUCGGCCACAAGUACCAAAUGCAGGCGCUCGUCGCGCAAGGCGUGCAAUACCUAAAACGCUGCUUCACCGACGACCUCCGCACCUGGUCCGCAGGCAAGUUCUACGACUCUAAUUGCCCAAUCCAGAAACGGCACGCAAUCGGCAUCGUCAACCUCGCCCGCCUCAUCAACGAGCCCUCGCUGCUCCCCACCGCGCUCCUCAUCUGCUGCGCGCUCGACAGCGACAUCGUGUGCGGGUACACGCGCGAGGACGGCACGCAAGAGACACUCACGCUCGCGGACAUCGGGCGCUGCUUCGCCGCGCGC